CCCCGACGGGCAGCUCCAAGACUCUGCCAAACCCUCCUGAUCCCCCACUUCCCUCUCUCUACCUUUCCUCUGAAGAAACAGUUCGGCGUUACGUCAGAAAGUGCAGGGCAAGCAAGACAGUCUCUUAGGAGCUAUUCGUAGGCAUUGCUGCCAAACCCGGCUUGGGGCUGCUUACGAGCUUAUUGCAGCCAAUGCAAUUUACCAAACCAACUCUUUUAAAACUGCAGCAGUAUGUGGUAAGUCAUUUAUUCAUUCAUACUGUUUUAUUUGCCUGCUGGGAUUUUUAUUUCUCACAGGUUUUUUCACAUGACAGGUCACUGUUGCUGGCACAAUUGCGCAAAAGCCAACAGUGUAAACGGUGUAAAGAUAAAAGAGUAGGCUGGUUUAUCCUGUAGCCUCACCGAAAACAUCAUGACAUGAUGAAGCAACACAGAUUUUUGACGCACACAGAUUUCUGCAGCAUUUUUUGUGUUUGAUUCUUUGCUGAUACAAAAAGUCAACAUGCCCCACGCUCGAAAUAGGAACCCUAGCCCCAUCCCUGAGGUAACAUGGGACACGGGAUUGAAGGAGAUGAACGAGACCUGGAAAGGAGCUAUAGCCUGUCUCGGGGUGGCCGUCUUCUUCGUCAUGACCAUCGGGAUCAUAUACUGGCAAGUGGUGGACCAGCCCAACAAGAACUGGAUCCUCAGGGGGACUUUUAGCGGACUGAUCUGGGAGAGAAGAACCCACUCACUGGUCAUCCAGACCCUGACAGAGGACAAGACCUACGUGGAGAUAGACGUUGGGAAUGUGGGGAACCCAGACGUGGAGGUUCCUUUCGUGAGGAAUCUGUGCUGGCUGAAUAAAACGGAGUUCUGCUAUACGUGGGACUCGGUGGCGGAGGUGAAGAUCUCGCUCGAAGUCAACGAGGAGACGGAGACCGAGUGUUACAGUAUGACAUGGGCGCCGGUGCACUGUCAUGUGGAGUUGAAGGACUGCUUCUCCAUGACCAACGUGUCCUGGUACGGUGGUGCCAGUGUUCAGGGACAGACUUGGCCUAUCAACGAUCAAAAUGCCACCAUGCAGCCCUUCAUCGUCAGCGAUCUGAGGGACAAUCCUUCAGGCUUCGGUUCUGCCCUGGAACGAUACUUCCUGGGAUCAUCAGGGGUUGCAGUGCUGGUGUCCCCUGAUAUUCCCCUGCAGCUGGGACUGGACAGCAGACAGCAGUUUUGCCUGCAGUCACUGCCUAGUAUGGAGCGUCUCCCUCUACAGUACACUGUGUGUGUGGCCCACAACGUGAAAGCUGCUCACCAAGAAGCGGUGCAACAACUCACCGAGCACAACAGGGAGCUGCCCAACAUGAAAACAAUGUGGCUGCCGUUCUGGAAGCUGCUCACUAAUGUGGAUUCGGGGCCGAAGGUGGAGAGGGAGCUGAGGAUCUUCUCUAAUCGUCUGAAGAGACACCAGCUGGGGGAGGGAGUCAUCAGCCUCAAUGAACAUUCCACCACCCUCCUCUCUGAUAUGGACCAUGACUACCUCAACAGCAGGAAAAGGGGGAUGUCCAAGAGACUGACCAGGGACCUCCCACUUGUCAAGCUUCUUAACAUUUCCAUCACCCUGUCCCCUUUCCUGGGCGUGGACACCACACAGUUCCACACCUCCCUCACGGACGGCAGUGAGGCCUACUGGCUCAGCCUCCCCUCAGCCCCUCAGGGACAGCUGAUCCCUGUAAUGAGUCAAUGGCGAGGGAAGUUUUGCGUAAAGCUGAACAUCACAAACCCAGGAGCAGUGAGCUGGUUCCUGGACAGAGUGGGGUCGCUGCAGGCCCACUUGGGGAUGGAGUACAUCAUGUUGGAGGGGGGCGAGGGGAAUCUGUUUGAGGAGCAGGCCCUGAGGCCGCCGCAAUCUCUGGGUGGAGACAGAUACAUCAGCCUACUGGCAGAUCUGGCCACCAGGAUAGGAGACUCUACCAUCAUGACAGCAGGGACACAGUCCAGCCAUAAGCCUGUUUUUGUGAGGAUGACCCCCUUGCAGUCUGACUGGAGCCCUAUGGGUCUGAAGGGCAUCAUUCCCUCCCUGCUGCACCAUGCUCUGCUGGGAUACAACUUCCUCAUUCCCGAUGCAGUAGGUGGAUCUCUGUCUGGAGACCUGGUCACAGAUGAGGAGUUGUUCAUCCGUUGGCUGGAAAUUGUAGCCUUUCUCCCUGUUAUCAGCUUCCACACACCACCCUGGGUCAGCGGAGAGGACCGGGUGUUAAACUUAACUCGGACCUACAUCGCCCGGCACCAGAAAACUGUGGUCCCCCUGAUAGAAAAGUAUGCAGAGGAGUGGCAGCUGACGGGAUAUCCCAUCUAUCGGCCGAUGUGGUGGCUCAGUCCCAACGACCCCAUGACCUUCACCAUCGAUGAUCAGUUCCUCAUCGGAGACGAGGUCCUGGUGGCACCGGUGGUGGAGAAGGGGGCAGCGCAGAGGGAUAUUUAUUUACCCGACGGGGGCUUCCAGUGGCAGGACAGUCUGAAAGCGCAGGUGUUCGAUGGGGGGACGUUCCUACAGGACUACCCCGUGGCCUUGGAGGAGGUGGCUGUUUUCUUACGGAAAAGCUGAGUCAUAUAAUCCAUCGCCUGACUUAUCCUGUUACUGUUCUGAAUCUAAUUCUUUUUUUUUUUUUUUUUUUUUUUUUAAAUACUUGUGCUGUUCUCAACCUGCACUUUUCCACUAAAGACCAUGACCCAGUCUCAAGAUCCUGUCUUGAGAUGAUAUGUAGAAAGAUUUUUUUUAUACUUGCACUUUACAGUUCAAAAUUAAUGUGUUUUUUUUUUUUUCUUUGAUACAUUUUUUUUUUCUUCUUCUUUCCGGACUUUUUGAUUUGUUCUGCUUCUGUGUAUGUAAGUUCCAGAGUAAUCUGUGGGUUUACAUACUGCAUUUCUACAGUCUUUAAUUUUUUAAUUUUUAUUUUUUUUUGCUGCUGGCUCUCUUGACAAGGAGGAACAAAGCAAGCCCCUUGUUUGCUUAAAACAAAUCUGAAACUCUCAACAAGACCAAAUGAACAAGGACAAAGGAAGCUAGGCUGAAAGUGCUUAAUUGAAGGAAAUGCUUAUUGGGAGGAAAGUAGCUCAUGAAGACCGAUGCACAUUGGUACCAUAUGUCUUGCUCACUUAUCGGAAAGGCUUUUACUUGAACUUAUCAGGCCAAAAGGCUGAUGUUUUAUGAAUGUACCUCAAGUUACUGUUUUUCACUACUUACCGAGUCAACAGACGCAACAAUCUUAUACCCCGUAGCACUUAUUCUUAGAGUAGUUUGACUUUAUUUUUAACAUACCACUCUGUUGGACACACCUGAAUGUCCCUUAGUACUGUAGGCCAGAUGAACUUGAGGCCAAGCCACUGUCAUUGUAAAUUCUGGCUUUAUUAAAUGUAUCCACUUGGUUUUACCCUCUUAUUAACCUGCUGUAGUAAGUGCUUUACAUGGGCUGCUCUUAUUUUUUUUUUGUUUUUUACUAACUCUGAUGUCUGAUGUUGAUAUGUUGAUAUGCUUGUUGAAAGCCUGAAGCGCUGGAUAAAGCCUUUUUGACAACACAACAGAGGUGAAAAGGAGAUGUGAAAAAGGACGACGUUGGGGGAGGGGAGUUCUUUACACCCCCAAAAACAAUUUUAUUUUUAUUUUUAAAUGAUGCUUUCGUGUUGUAAGAAAUGUCUAUUGCAACCAUGUUAGAUUCACCAGAUGCAACAGUCAUCACAUAUACAGUAACCGAUCAUACUACAUCUACUUCAGUCGCAUUAGUUUUUUUUGUCGUAGUAUUCCUCAUUUGUUUUGAACUGACUAAAAAUAAGCGAAUCAGAUGUAAAUGAGUUCUGAUUUUCUCUCAUUAUAAUAUCAGCCUGUGAUUAAAUUAGAUACAGUUAGAUAGAUGACAUUGCUCUGUGGCAGGGCAGUACUAAUUUGUUCUCCACAAGACGAUCUUAAGUAAUAAUAAUAAUACAGACUCUGGAACCGUAUUAUCACCUAGUGAAGGCUUUACCACUAAAUUGACUGUGUAACUUUGAUCUAACGAGUUUACUGUAUCGAUUCAUACACUCAGGUUUACUGAUGCUUAUAAAAUCACUAAAUGUCUUAGUGCGACACGAUAAAUUGUGAACACAUCAACGUCUUAAUCUCUCCUAGAGUUGAAUGUACAACGGACAAACUGUGAUUUCCCAUUGCUUUCAUGGAGUGCUGUGGUAUGUUAAGUUGCAGAAGAAAAAAAAAACAAAAACUAAAGCUUUGAUGUAUUAUUCCUUCCCUCUACGGACUGAGCAAAACACGAUGCCAUGUGCCUUAACGUGCCACUCUGCCACUUAAAUCUGGACGACACAAGCGUCCGGAUUAUUGCAGUGUUCGCAAUGUACAUAUUACGAUGACUGUGCCAUUACAAGUGUUUUUUUUUUCUCUUCUGUAAAUCAGAGAAUUUAGAAUGACAAAGUUGCAAUAAAGUUUACAUUUUCUUACUUCA